AUGCCCGAUCAGACGGUGCCGGCGAUCGGGCGGUUCGCGUACGCGUACGAGGUGGAGAUCGCGAACGAGGGGAACGACGAGGCGGUGCAGGUGGUGUCGAGAGAGUGGCGCGUGCGGGACGAGAGCGGCUUCGAGGAGACCAUCUCGGGGAACGGCGUCGUCGGCGAGCAGCCGACGCUCGCGAAGGGGGAGACGUUUCGUUACGCGUCGGCGUGCGUGCUGAAACGCGAGCGAGGGAGCAUGUCUGGGAAGUACACGUGCGUUUUCCAAGAGUCGCGGCGAAUCGUCGACGUCGUCGUGGCGCCGUUCGCGUUGACGCCUCGCGAGCGCGACGACGUCGAGGACGACGACGUCGAGAUUCGAAACGAUUCUUCCGUCGUCGAGGCGAUCGAUUGA